AUGUCAUCAUCAAAUCGACCAAUGACCACAAGGAAACCAAUGUCAGAAAAAUUAGUAACAAAUAAAAAUAUUAAACAUAUUGAUAUGAUCAACCAACAACAAUCACCAUUAUCUCGUUUUAGUCGUCCAAUUUUAAUAAAAACGCCUACAAGUUUUGAUGAUACCUCUCAUAAUCGGCAAAUGUCGUUUAAUACAAAAAUAAUAUCAACAAAUGAUUUAGGUGUGAAACAUUCUCAAAAAAAUGGUCAUUAUAUUUUACCGACACAUCGAUCAUUAUCACCAAAAUUUAAUCCGAAUACAAAUAAUAAGCAUUCACAAACAUAUCAUCAUCAUCAUCAUCACGGUGCACCAGUAUCUUACUCAAACACACUAGACAAAUUAACAAAAACAAAUCAUGCAAUCUCAAAUCUCACAAAGUCAACAACAUCACGUUCAUUUACUAUAAACGGUCUUCAUCAUGAUAUAAAAUUGAAUAAUGACGACAAUCACCCGUUGAUUUUUAGCGCUAUUGAUCCAUCACCAGUAACAACCCCAGCUGAGGAUGGUGAUACGAGAAAAACUGUAAUUGUGUCAAACGAAGUUGAAACAUCUCAGACUCAGAUCGCUAAACAUUUAACCAAUAAUAAAUGUUCAAAUAAAGAUAGUGAAAGUGAAGAGGAAGAACGAUUACCAAGUGUUCAUAAAUCAUCGAGUAAUGACGAAGAGGAAUGGGAUGAAGAAGAGGAUGAUACACCAAUUAAAGUUCAUCGAUUUCAAAAAACUCGUAAAAUAAGUUUUAACAGUAUGAAUGGUAAUAGUAAUCUCGGUAAAAGUCCGACAUCGUCAUCGUCGCGUCUCGCUCGUAAAACUGUACGAUGUAAAAUAGUAAAAGCAAAUGAUAAUGGUAUAGCAAAUAAUUCAACCACUGAAGAACGUCAACAUUCGUCUUCAAAUGAAGAUGAAAAGGAUAGUAAUAUACGCAAUAGUUUUGGAUAUGCCAAUGAGAAUGAUGUUUUAUCAAGAAGAAAAUAUUUAAACAGGAAAAAUUUACAACUGACAACAGCGACUACGACAACGGACGACGACUAUGGAUACCGACAUUAUAAUCAUUAUUAUGGUCAUCUAAUAAACGAAGACACGAGUCCAAAUGUACUAGCAAAACAAUGUAAUAAUAACAGCAGUCAUUCAGAUGAACCGUCAACAUUGAAGAAAGAAGAAAUCAUCGGUGGUUCAUCAUUAAUACAAACUGUAAAUAAAACAAAUAGCUUGACUAAUGGUACAAAAAAACCUAAACGUUUUGAAAUAAAAUCGAUUCGAAAAUCGCAACAACAUUUAUUAUUAGCUCAAACAGCAAAAUCAUCGAAUGAAGAAGAUAGUAGUGCUUUAAUAGCAACAGAUCGUGAACAUAUGAAUACACCGACAACCGAUUACGAUAACGUCGUCGAUACAAAUAGUCCUACAACAUCAGAGAUUGUUGAUGCUGCGGUUACGGCACUAAAUAACCCCGAAUUAGUACCACUCAUCGUCACGUCACAAACGAUCAACAAUCAUGAAUCUGCUGAAGAUGAACGUCGUUUAGAUGAUGAAGAUGAACUAGCAGUGGCGAAAAGUCCGGAUAAUCGUUUUGUUAAAUUUGUAAAAGUAAUUGGUCGUGGUGCAUUCAAGACGGUUUAUCGUGGUUUAGACACUGAGGCAGGAAUUCCCGUUGCCUGGUGUGAAUUACAGGAUUUUGCUCAAUUUGAUAGACAUGAACGUGCUCGUUUCAAAGAAGAAGCUGAAAUGUUAAAAAAGUUACAACAUUCGAAUAUUGUACGGUUCUUUGAUUUUUGGGAAGAAACAAAUUCACGAACAAAUAAAAAAGUUAUCAUACUUGUUACAGAAUUAAUGACGUCUGGUUCAUUGAAAGGAUAUAUAAAACAGUUCAGAGGCCAACAAGAACAAAAACGUAUUAAUGUAAUGAAAAAAUGGUGUCGACAAAUUCUGAAAGGUCUAGCUUAUUUACACAGUCGUAAUCCACCUGUAAUUCAUCGUGAUUUAAAAUGUGAUAAUGUGUUUAUAACAGGCAAUACGGGUUCGGUAAAAAUUGGCGAUCUUGGCUUGGCAACAUUUAAAACUCAGACAUUUGCUAAAAGCAUGAGAGGAACAAUGGAAUUUAUGGCACCAGAAAUGUUUGAUGAAAAAUAUGAUGAAUUAGUUGAUAUUUAUUCGUUUGGUUUAUGUAUGUUGGAAAUGAUAACAGAUGAAUAUCCAUAUAUUGAGUGUAAGUUUCCCACAGCUGUUAUUAAACGUGUCACAGCUGGAUUGAGACCGGAUUGUUAUUAUAAAGUCGAAAACGAAGAUCUUCGGGAAGUGAUUGAUUGUUGUAUAAGAAAAUGUAAAGAAGAACGGUUACCAGUUAAUGAAUUAUUACAACAUAGUUUCUUCAUGGAGGAUAAUGGUUUACGAGUCGAUUUUGUUCGGGAAGAUUCAAAUAUAAUUGUUAAAAAUGAUAGUAUCGAUUUAAAAUUAAAAGUAAUUGAUAAAUCGAAGCGUAAAGCAUUGUGGACCGAACAUGAAGCUCUUCGAUUUCCGUUCAAUUUAAAAACAGAUACGGCUGAACAAAUAGCAAAUGAAUUAAUGGCAAAAAAAUAUAUAUUUGAAGAAGAUAAAAAAUUUGUUAUACAAUCCAUUAAAGAUCGUCUAAGAGCAUAUAAUUAUGAACAAUUAGAUCAUCAACGUGGUAUAUUUACUAAAGAAACAGAAAAAGGAAAGAUCAACGUUCUUCAAACGAAUCAAACGCCAGUUGCAACAGCUACUCAACCCACACCGCAGGUUCUUCAACACGAAGAAAAACUUCAGCCGACGACACCACCAGCGGGCACUUCGACAGUUUCAACUAUGGUUUGUACGAGUGGACAAACAAUUGAUCAACAACAACAACAGCAACAACAACAACAACAGCAGCAGCAGCAGCGCGCGCAAAUUAUUCAGUAUAUGAUGUACCAUGAUAGCAUGCAACGUCAUGCUUUACAUGCGAAUGAUCCUCAACAGCAAUCUGCUUCUGUUUUGCCACCACUGGGGCGGCCACCAAGUCUAAUUGAAAUAGAAAAUGUACAACAGGAAACCAACAUACGCAAUGCUGCUAUACAGGCAGUUAUGAAUGCCAACCAUCAGCAUCACCAUCCUCAUCAUCAUAAAAACACGGUGAUUCAACAUAAACAACCUACUCCUCAUUUUGGUAUAACGUCUGUUCCAAUGCCAUUACAUACGAAUUCUGCACAAGUGACUACCACAACAGCGAUGCCAUUGCCUGUCACUACACCAGCAAUGGCCACAUCAUCAAAUACGAAUCAAUCGAACGCAAGUACGAUAACAACAAAUUCGACAGGUAUGGACUCACAAUUAGUGAGCAUAUCGCAACCAGUGUCAACUACCAACGCCUCACUUCCGGUUACGGUCGACAUUGUACCGCAGCCACAAUCGAGUACAGCACCUACCACUCAAACACAACAUCAAGUGGCUGCUAGUCUCGAAGAAUUGCAAGCAUUGUUAACAAAAACGUUUUCAAAGAAAACUGCUGCACAAGGAAGUGAUAGUGAACAAACACAACAACCUCCAAAUCAGUCGGUAGCACCUGUUCAACAAAACAACGAUGAAAUAACUUCGAAGUCGUUAGAACAACCAGAGCAAUCAGAACAACAGCAAAAUAAUGUGAACGAUCAGAAGACGGAUACAGUCAUAACAGCGGUAAAGCAAGAUGAUAAUACACAAAAUAGCACAACAAUCAAACAUGUUUUAAAUUUGAAUGAAGUUUCUCAACAACAGCAACCAUUAGUAGCUACUAUACCUUUUCAACGAAACUUAAGUGAACCAGAAUGUUCUCAACAUAAACCGGGUUCAAAACAAAUGCUUGUUCCAGUGCCGUUACAUACAACUUCUGCUCAAGUAAUCAGCACAAAUACCAUGCCAUUGCCUGCUAGUGUACCAACAUCAGUAACACUAGCGUAUACAACUCAACCAUCUACUGUUACGUCAAUAGUAACAACGGAUUCAACGGGUACUGAACUUCCACUGGUAUGUACAUCGCUACCGCUAUCAUCAGCCAACAUCCCAUUACUAGUGGCGACUGAUGGUCAGUCAUCGAGUACAGCACCUACCCCUCAAACACAACAUCAAGUGGCUGCUAGUCUCGAAGAAUUGCAAGCAUUGUUAACAAGAACGUUUUCAAAGAAAGCUACUGCACAAGGAAGUGACAGUGAACAAACACAACAACCUCCAAAUCAGUCGGCAGCGCCUGUUCAACAAAACAACGAUGAAACAACUUCGAAGUCGUUAGAACAACCAGAGCAAUCAGAACAACAACAUACUCCAGUCAAUGAACAAAAGAGUAACAUUUUAAUAAUGCCAGAUGAUCAAAACAUUUCCAAAACAAAAUCAAAACUUGGACGUUUUACAGUAGAAAAAGAGCAACGGAAUGAAAUCCCAGUGAAUAAAGAGGAAUUGCCAACAGUAACAAAGAAUUCCGAAGAUGAACAACACAUCAACGAGGUUAUUAAGGAAGCAAAACCAGUUAUGAUAAACGAUUUAAUUAUGACUGGAAAAACAACUACAACGCAGAAAGACAAGCAACAAAAACACGAGCAUCAAGUCGACGAACGAACGUUGACAAUCAACAAUAUACAACUGGAUCAAUUGUCAUGUUUAACAACACGAAAUUUAUGCGAGGUGCCAUUUGCUGCAGCUGCCGUAUCGAUCAAUUCUCAUAUGUCUGAAUGGCCUGAUCACGAUGAAGCGUUCGAACAAUUGUUGACGAGACAUCGUUUAGAAUUAUUAGAUUUAGUUAGCAGACAAAGUCAAGAAUUACGUACAUAUAUGGUACAAAAAACCAUUCAUACAAAUACAAAUGAUCGUCAUUUUGAACCAUCAAUAAAUGCGUUUAAUAAUAUUACACGUCGUGCGUCAUUAUCGACAGUAUCACCAUGUACUGAUCGUGUUUUAUUAGCCGAUUUAGCUAAACGACACAAUAAUCAAUCUCCAAAUUCAUUAUUAUCUUUGUCUCAAGAUCAUAUUUCACAUGAUCUUAGUCAUGUACUACCUGAAGAGACUAAUGAUGAUUGCAAUCAAGAAAAUGAUGAUUAUACGGAUUUCCUCACGCCCACAACUUCAGUUUCCUCUUCAUCAUCAAUAAUUGCCGUUGGCGGAAAUACUUCAGCAAAUAAUGCAUUAAAUUCAACGUCCUCCUGUAUAACGUCGUCGUUAUUACCUAACGUUAAUAGUAAGGAUCAAGAUGAAAUAUCGUGUAAAAGGAUAUGUUCACCGAAUAUAAAUAACAGGACUAUUAAUUCAUUGACACUAUCUGAACAACAAAAAGAGUUGACUACACCAUGUUCAGUGACCGAUAUAAAUAUUGAUGAAACUGAUCAUCAUCAUCAACAACAACACAUAGGUGAUAGAAAUAGGACGUAG